UCGUCUCAUCGCUGCUCUGGAUUUAUGAUUUUUCCCUCCCUCCAAGCCUGGAUUCGACCUCCUGGAUCUGCCUGCGCGUCCCUGAUUUUUUUCUGCGUGCGAUUUUUGCUGUUUGCCCCCCGGUGUACACAUUCCCACCCUCCCCCGGAGGUGGAGGGGGUGGUCGCGGUGGUGGUAGCCGAAGAGGCAGCUUGGCUCUGCUGCUUCUCUCUCUCCGGAUCCGAACUGGAGAUUAAUUGCAGUGUGGUGGUUUGUGUCUUUAAAAAAACCCCCCCAAUUAAUUUGGGUGCCUUUUUUUUGGAAAGGGAGGGGGAAGAUUCGUCAAGGUCACUUCGUGGAUUUACAUUUCCCCCCUCUUCUGGAUCUCUUCCCCACCCCUUUCUUUCUUCUGCCCUCCAUCGGAUCACCCCUUUCUCUCCAUAGAGGUCUGUUGGAUUAUAUUUCUCUGCUUCCCCCCGCCCCCCUUCCCUUUGGAUUUGAUCAGCCCGAAGAAAGGAGCCCUUUAAAAAGAGAGAGAGAAAGAGAAGCUGGAUUAGUAGGGUGCUUUUGUAUUUUUUUAAAUCGCGCUGAUCUUCUGAAAUAAAAUUUUGGGAUAUUAUUAUUAUUUUGGAAAUGGAUGGGAAAAUCAAACAGAGCAGGAAAUCUAGGUCCCAAAGGGACCGUGUGAGGCGAAGGGAUCCAAAUGGCCGAGACCGCCCGAAUCAAAGCCCUUCUUCGGCAUCCGAGAGGGAACUGAGUCCGGGUAAGGAGAACACGAGCCAAAACUGCCCAAAUCCUAAGAGCCAGACAUCUGCAGCCAGAAACGUCAGACCUCCGAGGCGGAGAAGGCGAGAAUCCAGCUCCCAAGAAGAGGAUUUAAUUGAUGGAUUUGCAAUCGCCAGCUUCAGUACCAUGGAAGCCUUGGAGUUUACUACUUCUGAAAAUCAAGUCUGCGUGUGCAGUUCAGGAAGUCCUUCGUUCAAGCCUCGUGUGUGCCAUGAAGGGAAGCCCUGCUCUUUCAGCCUCACUCCUCUUUUCCUGACCAUGGCAAUGUGGAGGGUGACAACAGCAGCUGGCUUGAAGGAUUUCGGCAGGAUGAAGGACAUGUUAUUGAAACCUCAGGAGAGAAAGGAAAAAUGGGAGAGACAACCAGGAAAGAAGCCUCGAGAAUCUGAUCGCUGCGUGUCGGCCGAGCCCGGUGAAAAUGGCCAUAACAAUGAUGCAGGGAGCUCGGGGAGAGAGACGGAUCGGGGCAAGGAGCGAGUGAAGAAGAAAGUCCCCUUGAAAGUCCACAAACAGAUGAAGGUCCCAGCAAAACGAAGCGGCAGGAACAGUGAGGACGACAGCAUCCAAGAGGCCACAAGCUCCCAGCUCAGCAGCUCCAGGGAUUGCCUCAGUGACAGUUCUGCUCAGUCGCUUUCCGGAAAAGGUUAUUCGUGUGACAGCGAAAGUGACGUUGAUGAUAAGAAUUCAGCGGACCUGGAGCUGCCUCGUAUCGGGAGUGGCUUGGUAGCAGCUAAGGCUUCUGAAGGCUCGGAGAAGCUCUUCUCCCCUGCUGCAGCAAGAGGUCCAGCCUCGAAUGACAAAGCCGAAGCGAAAGCAGGAAGUAUCCCCAAGGUGUCUGGGCUGGAGCGCAGCCAGGAGCUGAACCCGGACCUGCCCUUCGGGCUGCCUCUCCACAGCCCCCCACCCACCACGACCGUUCCCACGACCUCCUCCGCACCCACGUCCAGCGCUCGGGCCAGCCCGCUCCUGAAGAAAGAGCCAUUGAUCUCAGCACCAGCCCUGCCGAGGCUCACCCCUCAGCCGCAGCCUCGGCCCCAGUCGCAGCCUCAGCCUCGGCCUCAGUCGCAGCCUCAGCUGCUGCCUGAGCUUCGGACACAGCCUCCAAGCCACAUCCCGCCUCCGCUUGGUUACCAGGUGCAUCACCAGGUGUCCCACAACGGACUCAAUAACAUCAGCAGAAGCAGCAGCGCCAGCAGCACCACGAGCAUUAGCCUCCCCAAACACCUCCCCCUGUCCCCGCAGAUCCCUCCCCACCAUUCCUCCGGCCCGGCUCUACCCCUUUCCAUCUCCAACCUCGCUGCCUCCCAUUUCCCACUCAGAUCACCGUCCCAACACCAGCACCAUCCGGCCAUGUUUGCUACCCCUCCAACGCUGCCACCUCCUCCAGCGUUACCCACCAAUAGCCUUGUGAUCCCGGGUCACCCCGCAGAUCACGAGCUGCUCAGGCAAGAGCUGAACAAUCGGUUUUUGGUUCAGAGUUCGGACAGGGCUGGUGCCCCCCUCGGCCCGGGGCCGCUGCAGAGGGCAGAGUUCCACCAGCACCAACACACCCACCAGCACCAACACACCCACCAGCACACAUUCACUCCUUUUCCGUCCAGUCUGCCCCAGAUGCCGCCCUCCGCACCUCCCCUGUUCGACAAGUACGCUCCCAAACUUGAUAACCCUUAUUUUCGACAUUCCAACUUCUUUCCAAGCUACCCUCCGGCAAUGCCUGGAAUGCCACCUAUGCUUCCACAUUCAGGUCCUUUCGGGUCACUUCAGGGAGCAUUUCAGCCGAAGACUUCAAAUCCGAUCGAUGUAGCAAGCAGACCUGGUGCAGUACACCAUGCUCUUCUGCAAAAGACACCAGGGGUGUCUGAUCCCUAUCGGGCUCCAGUACGAGUAAGUAAGAAGCCUGGAAAGUGGUGUGCAGUUCAUGUACAGAUCGCCUGGCAGAUCUACCAUCACCAGCAGAAGAUAAAGUACCUCCUGUGGAAUAUGGAGUGUUAUCCUGUUCAGAGUGAAAUGAGCGGUACGGUGAAGGACAUUUUACAAAACAUAGAGCAGCAAAUGCAGCUGGACCCCCACAAACUCGAAAUAGGCGGCAAACUCGACCUGUUCAGCAGACCUCCUGCCCCCGGCGUGUUCCCGGGGUUCCACUACCCUCAAGACCUGGCCCGGCCCCUCUUUUCCACUACAGGUUCUGCCCACCCAGCCACCACCCCCUUUGGACCCUCACCUCAUCACAGCAGCUUCCUGCCUACUAGCCACUUGGCAGGUAAGUAUCCAUUUAGCAGGUCAAGCACCUUCAGCGGCCUUGGGAACUUAGGCAGCAAUGCCUUUGGAGGAUUAGGCAGUCAUACUCUGAGUCACAAUAGCAUUUUUGCCCACAAAGAAGGGCCCAGUGUCCAGAGCUUCAACAACCCACAUGAGCCAUGGAACAGACUCCAUCGGACCCCGCCUUCCUUCCCGACGCCGCCUCAGUGGCCCAAGCCCGGUGACUCUGAACGAAGCUCCUCCGUGACCAAUCAUGACAGAGACCGAGAAUCUGAGAAGAGGGAUCUUUCCUCAAGCAAAGAUGACCGAGAGAAGGAGAGGGAUCUUCUGGAUAAAAACAGACAUUCAAACAGAUCCUCGCCAGCUUCAGCUCCAGUGACUCACCAGAUCAGCAACCUCAUUCGCAGCAACAGCCAAACCUCUUGUGAUCCCACCAGGCAAGUGGGCCUCGGUGAACGAGAAAGGUCUAAAGAGCCGGAGAGGGAGAUUCCUGACCGACUGAGGGAUCCUCCUCCAGUUGUGGAGCACAAGAUCAAAGAAAGCCGCUCCCCAGUGAAGGAACCACCAAGCCAUGAAAAAAGAUCCUCCGAGGACAAUGCAAAGCCAGUAAUCCAGUCUGUAUCUCCCUACAGCAAACCUGCACUGAGUGAGAGUUUAAAACUCAGCAAUCUAAUGAACAAAGACAUUGAAAGAAAGCCAGAACUUCCGACUGACCUUCAGAAGAUUAAGCAUGAUAUCAAGGUCAAAGAGGAACGUAAGGAGGACGGUGAUGUAUUGGUUGUGAGCUCCGAACCUUCGCAGCAUUCCAGAAGCGUCGAACAUCCUCCACCACCACCUACUUUGCAUGGCUUGCCACUGCCCCAUAGCAUGGCAGCCACAAUGCCCAUUUCAAUGGGCAGCGUCCAUCAGAUGAACAACAUGAAUGUCCUGGACCGCAGCAGAAUGAUGACUCCAUUAAUGGGCAUGAACCCACUGCCAGGCAGGGAGAGACUCCCACACCCCGGGUUCUCCUGGGACCCAAUGCGGGACCCACUGCGAGAUGCCUACAGGAACUUAGACCUGCACCGUCGGAUGGAUUUCCAGCUCCGAGCAGAUCCCAUCCAUCGGUUCCCCACCACGUCUGGGUUCUACGAUCACGAGCGCUCCUACCGAGACAGGGAGCCCCACGACUAUAACCACGAGAACCUUCUCGAAGCGCGGCGCGAGCAGGAGCGGCUCAGGCAGGCCGAGGAGAGGGAGCGGUUGCACUUGCGGGAGGAGCUUGAGCGUGCCCGGAUGCACCACUUGCACUCGUCCCCCAUCGAGAACCACCUGGCCCACGUGCCGUCCUUCCUGCCUCAUCUCAGCGGGAUGCACUAUCCCAGACUCAGCCCCUCGGCUGCCAUGCACAACGGGAUCUUGAACCGAAACCCGCCCACAGCCGCCCUGAGUGCCCCGCCCCCAUUGGUGCCAGCCAGUAGUACAAGACCUUCCUCCCCCCGCCGGACUACGCCACUCACAAACUCAGAGUCGAGAGACUAUUCUCCUUCUAGGAACCCCAAAGAAGUAGAGGCACGAUAGUCCCUAACCAACAAACAGGAUGAGUUUUAGACCUUGCCUGUAAAUAUAGGAGAAGGGGGGGGGGGGUCUUUUAAAAAUGCACUGCUGUAAACUUUUUUAAAACUGUAAAAUUUGUAGAAAUUAAGCACAGUUCCAUAAAUAAUUUGGGGGGGAGGGGAGGGUCACAGGCUGCAAACCUUCCAAGCAGGUGGUCGCUGAAAAUGGAAAUUUAAUAUAUAGGUCUUGAUUAUUAUUAUUUUUUUUUGCUUUUGCUUCUGUGCUGAGUUAAAAUAUUACCAAGUUUGUACAUUUUUCCCAAAUGUGAGAAAUGUUUUUAAUGAAUUUGUAUUUUUUUUAAUUUUGUGCUCUUUAUUCACAUAAAAGGCUUUUGUUUUUAGUUCAGAUCUAAUGGCCUCAGAUCCUUAAGUAAAAACAAAAUACAUACCCAGGGUUUCUUAAAGUAUUAUUUAUGGAAAUACUGUAGUUUCGUACAAGUCCACUGUGAGGUUCCCAAAUUGAGGCCAUUCAUUUCUCUUGGUACUUUGGAACUGAAGUUACAGAUAUAUAUUAAAAAUAAUAAUAAUAAUAAUAAUAAUGUACAAAAACUGUUUGUUUUUUGCCUUAUAUUACGGAGAAAUGAGAGUUUUUUUGACUUCUUGUUUUAAACAACAAAAAAGAAAACAAUAUGUAAAUAUUCUGUUAAUAUAAAUGUACACCAAUAUUGAAUUCUUAACAUAGGUAGCCUUUAUAAAAAAAAAAUGGUUUCUAGAACCACUCUCUGGUUAUUUGUUAACAUUAUGCUAACUCAUUUUUGUCACUGUCUGGAAAAAAACAAUCCUGGCAUACGUACAACCCCCGCAUCCCAACUAAUUGUGGCAUAUAACCUUCAACUAUGCAAAAGCAGGUGGGGACAGGGAAGGACCCCCCCCCCCACACCCACACACUCUCUCUCUCCCUCUCUCUCUCACCUUCUCAGCCUCCAGCUAAUAAAUAGCUCUGUAGAAAGAAUGGCAAUACGAUACAGAGAGGAAAAAAUGUGUUCCACCCAGCAUUUCCCACCCAAAGUACCCCUUUUUGUGGGGCUAUUUUUUCCAUUUCAGUUUAGUCCAUAUACUGCAAGGUACAUUCAGUCAAAAAAGGUUCCCUAUUACUUAUUAUCAAAGUGUGUACAUCUCUGAUAAACCAACACAGUAAUAAGCAAGAGACGCCCACCAACACAAACACACACACACCUCUGGCCACCUUCCUCUCUCCCGUUCAGACCAGGCGCACGGGGCACUCAAACACAAUCCCCGGCCGAACCCUUGUCCUCUCAUUUAGCACGAGGAAUGCUAGGAGCGCAAAACAAACACAAAAACCCUCCAAUAGUUAACUGAAGAAACAUACUGAUUCUAUGUCCUUUGCAAUAACCUAUUCAAAUGUUUGUUUCCGUGUGAGAGCUGCCUUGAAUUUUGGGGUUUGGGGCAUUUUAAGCAUGAAUUCCACUUUUUUUUCCCCUUAUGUGAAUUUUGCUAUGCCUCAGUCAGGUAUGGAAAGAGUUCCUUUUAAAAAGUUACAAUUGCUCAAUCUGGUUGUUUGGCAAAACUGGAACCUGGGCUGGGUUCCAUUCAGUCUCCUGCCCCCUAGAACCAAGUGUCAGGUCUUCGGCUUUUUUUUAAGUCCCUGCACACAGUGGGAACCCCACACCCCACACCCAGUUGGUUAAGUAAAGCCCUGGCCAGAAGACACAAACGAAGAUUUCCUCUGCUUCACCUAGUGCACCUACCUUGGCGGUGACAGCCUUGUUUGUAACCGCCUCCUUUCCCCACUUUUUUUUUUAAUCUUCCAGUAUUCAUGUUUUUAUAUUACUCUGAGUUUCUGCUUUCUGGUUAACUCAAACAUCUGCUGGUAUUUUCUUCCCUUGACUUUCUGUAUUUCCUCCCCCUCCCCUCCUCCUGUCUCCCUGCAUCCCCUGUAAUUUUAAACAUUUGGUUUCUUUGUAGAUCAUUGAAGAUAAAUACAACAUUGAUUUUGGAUGAAAAA